AUGACACAGGAAUCUCUAAACCUUAAUCAGUUCAAUGAAUCAAUACUAAACAAUUUGUUGACACAAUUGUCCAAGAUCUAUUCAUCCAACAACUUACUCAUCCUAGACCCAAUACUAUCGCCACUACUUAACAAUCUUACACCAUUCAAUCGGUUAAAAGAAGCAGGCAAGUUCCAAAACAUCGUAUGGUUAAACAAUGAAAUCACGUCAAUACAGCACCAAGUGUUUUCUAAAUACACUUCAUUAAUAAUUAUCAUUCCUGGCACUCUGGAAAACCUUGAAUUGCUUCAUAAAUUCAUUCCCAACAUUCUUAACCACGUUCAUGGAUUGAAGAUGAACCUUAUAGUUAAAGACUUAUCGAGACUGUUGUUGUAUCAAAUUAAUAACUUGUUUGAUGGUAUUCUUAAGUUUGACUCAAUCUUACAAGAUGACACCAAGUUUGAUAAGCCUAUCACUAUAACCACCGGUAUAAAGGUGUUUAACUGGUUGACCGGUCCUAUACACACUGAUGGAAUAUUAAUCACGGAAAUCAACGAAUACUCCGGCAUAGACAACUAUUUCAAGAGUCCCUUGUUUCAAGUUAACCAAUUGACUAAAUCCUUAAUCCAAUUGUUGUUUCAUAACAAGUCUAUUGGGAAAUUGUUGAAAUUGAAGAAUAUCUACGGUAAAGGAAACCAUCUGGACUUAUUGAUCAAAGAAUUGACCAAUGUUAAGAUUCCCGAAUAUCUCAGUGAAAAUUUGUCCAAGUUAGAAGUUGAGUUUUAUGAAAGUCAAUUACAUUCAAAUACCAAUUUAAUAGUUUUAGAACGAAAUCUCGAUUUCAUGCCUUUGCUUUUCAACCAAUUGAACUAUCAUGGUAUAAUUGACGAUUUGUUUGAUAUUAGGUUUGACACUAUUGAAAAUUUAGAAGAAGACGUGUCAAAGACCUUGGUGGGAGAUGAAUUGUAUCAGCAAGAUUUAAAGGAUUUGAACUUUUCCAGCAUUGGUGCCAGGUUAAACAAAUUAGCCAAGUUCAUUCAGCAACAGUAUAAACUGUCCAAUGCCACCGACGACAAUUUAAAAGAUAUGAAGCAACUUGUUUCAAAUUUGGGAAACCUUACAUUACAACAAGAUCUUAUUAAGAAACAUACAAUUAUUGGGGAAAGUGUACUUGACAAGAUGAAUAAUGAGUAUCAGGAAUUUCUUGAAUUUCAAAAUGAUUUAUUUGAAAUGGAUUACAAGCUACAAUUGCUGAAAUUGAAGUACUUUUUCAAUUGUAAUUUCCCUAUAAACUUCAUUUGGAGUGGGUUACUUCUUGUUGGGUACAUCAACGAUGGGAUAUCUUCCAAGGAUCUUGAUUGGAUUUCCCAGGAAUUGCAAGAUAAUUAUGGAUUGGGUGCAAUCAUUUCAUUAGAGCAAUUGAUCAAGUACAAACUUAUUCGAAUAAACCAUGACUCUUCAUCGGAUUUCCUUAGUAAUUUAGGGUUAACUCAGAAGAAACAGACUCCAGUACAUUCCCAUAGCGAAGAAGACUAUCAAGUAGGUAUAACUGGGGGACAAGAUAUUUUCAAGAGCAACUACACCUUGAUUAACAAAUUUUGGAAUUUGCAUCCUUUGGAAGAAGAAGAUGCGCCAGAAACGAACCAAGAUCUGACCAACUUGUUAGAAAUGUAUUCCAACCCUUCAUUCACAUUACCAGGAAACACCGUCCCAUUAACCUAUAGAAUAGUAGAAUCACUUUAUUUUCGGGACUUUUUAAAGUACAAGCCCAUAAACAACAUCAAGAAACGCCCCAAUUGGGACAAUCUUGGAUUGGGAACAAUGUUCAGUGGUAAAACCAUAGACGUUAAUAUCGACGACCAUCUGGACGAUAAGAACAACCCCCAAAAGGGGAACUUGGUAGCCAAUCCAGAAUACAUAAUCAUUGCCAUCAUUGGGGGGAUAACUAGAAGUGAAAUAACCUGUUUCAAGUACUUACAAGAACGACUUACAAGAUCGGACAAAAACAAGAAAAUUAUUGUCAUGUCCAACGGAAUUGUCAACAACAGCAAACUCUUCAAGUUUAUCAAUGAGUAG